AUGUCUGAAUAUUUCAUUGAUUUUAUUAACGACGUGCCUGACGAUACACUCACCUUUGGUGUAUAUCAAACAUAUGCUAAUACCCCAGGAAUAGACUCGGUCGCGUGGCUGCGAGCAGAUGUACCAGAAUCUGGAACAGCUGGUGUAAAAUUCUAUGAAACAUAUUGUGUGGUGAAUGCGGAUUAUUAUGACGACAACCAAAAAGGUCGUUAUAUGGCAAGCCAAACUUAUGAUACUAAGUUGGGAGCUGCUUGGACACUCGUGGACAGUGAGAAAGUCUCACAAUUUAGCAAAAAGGUUGGAUACUCAGGAGCCGACAAUCUUAUCACUAUAAGAAAUUCAUCGAAAAACACUGCUUCUCUGGGUAUUGGUAUGUCUGGAAGAUUAUCAGCAAUCAAGAAAAAAGUAUACGUUGAUGCAUUAGCAGCAUUCAAGGUCACACCUACUUUUUGGGUCGGAAUCUUUUCAGAUCUUCAAAUCGGAGAU